AUGGAUCCCAUACAUAAUGCAAACAAUAAAACAGAAUCUCAGCAUGUGGCUUUUGAUCUAGAUACAGAACUACUAGAUGAAUUAGAACAAUUAUGGACUAAUAACGUUGAAAAUUUCAACAUUUCCAAUUUACAAUUAAAAAUACAUCACAGCUUUUCAAUUUACAGAAUCUUAGAUUUACUAUCAUUCUGCCUUCCAAAGAAGUUUAAUGAGAUUGCAUAUGCUUGUUUUAAGUAUUACGAUUCGAAAAAAAAUGAAAAUGGGAAACCAGAUAUAUUUACAUUACAAUCAGCAAUAACCUACGACAAAUUGAUUAGCUACCUAAUUAAAAAAGGUCUACAGCUUGAUUCAAAAUCUGAUAAAUAUAAUUCAUGGGAAUUUGAAGGUGACAUCUAUCUACCACCAAAAGAUUCAAUAGAGCGUGCAAUAAUUAACGAUAAUGUUGAAGAUUUCUUAAGUUUUGAUCCAAAUCCGAAAUCAGUUUACGAAUUUUUAGCAGAUGCAGCUUACUAUGGAUCUACCAACAUAAUCAAGCACAUCAUUGCACUAAAUCAAACAGAUGACAUAGAAACUUGGUACAAAGUUUUUCAACUCGCUUUAGUACCUUUGAAUCUAGACAUUAUAAGGAGUAUCAGCAAUUUACUUGAUAACGAUUAUAUCAGUGAUAUUAAAUCUGUUAAAAUGGUAAUAAAAUGCCAUCAUAACGAGUUUUUCCAUUAUUUACAAGAGAAUAACGAUGUACAUUUAGAUAUUAAAGCAGCAGUAUUAAGUUAUAACUUUUAUACACCUUUCGUAAUCACUCCAGAAGUAAUUCCAAUAAUAAUUCAAAGUGGAAACAUAAUGCUCAUGGAAAACAUCAUUGAUAAGAUCAAACCAAUUGAUAAAGAAUAUAUUUACACGGCUUGCGAAUGCGGAAAUUUAGAAAUGUUUCAAUUUUUGAUGGUAAACACACCAAAAAACUUUUUCAAUAAUGUAACUGAUCAAGAAUUAAUUGUAAAGUACACAAUUAACUCAUGUAACAUCAAAUUUAUUAAAUUUUUGUAUCAAAUUUAUCCGAAACUAGUUUUAGACAAUUUACAAAAGAUUGAUUCACUAAUAGUAGCUUACAAUGCAAAUAAUCAAAAAAUGAAGGAUUUUUUGGAGAAAAAUUUUUCAUAUAAUUUUUCAAUGGGACAAGAAGCCAAUGAUAUGACAUUUUUAAUGAACUCAUGCAUGAGAAACGAUUUUAAUAUAUUUAAAUAUAAGAAAUUGAAGAAAAGUAGAGAAAUAAUUUUAUUUCCUGACGAUGAAGGAAAUUAUGAAAAAAAUCAGGGGAAAUCAGAAGAAAUCCCAAUAGAUGUUGGAGAAUUGAAUGUUACUGCUAUAGAUAAAACAGGAAUGACUGCAAUUUCUUAUUGUAUCGACAAAAACAACAGAGAAUUGCUAAAUUGUUUGCUAAAAAUGAUUGCAGAGAAUGAUGUUGAGUUGUACAAGACAGCAAUUGUUACAGAUCUUCAGAUUUGUAUAGAUGCAGGAUUAACACAGUUUUUCUCGGAAAUUACUGGUGCAAUUGAUCACUUUGCAAUCGAGAACAAAGGUAAACCAGAAUUAAACACAGAAAUCUUUGAAUUUUCCAAAAGAGAAAAUUAUUAUUUUUAUCAAAUUGAUAAUAAGUGGGAUUGCUUUAUUCUUAGUUGCAUUGCCCAAGAUAAUUGGUUCUUUCAAGAAAUUAUUCAAUCAUGGACUGGAAAACCUUAUAAUGUGACAAUUGACGGUUGGACGCCACUUCUGAUAGUUCUAAAUAAUAACGAUGUAACCAAAUUCAAUUUGAUGCAGCAAGCUAAUUAUAAAAUAGAGAAAAAACAAGUUAAACCAGAAAAAUUGAAUCCAUUAAGAAUUGCUACUCAAACAACAAUUCAGGGAGCGUUUGAGUAUGUCAUGGAUGCCCUUCCCGAUGAUUAUAAAAGAGAAAUUGUCAACAUUGAAGAUGAAUCUGAAUUCUUCCCACUUUUCCCUGCAAUUAAGAACAAGAACAUGAAUAUGGUAAAAGAAUUACUUAGAUUAGGCGCUAAUCCAGACAAAGCAAACAAAAAUGGAGUAACUUCAACUUUCUAUGCAUAUAUGGGGUCUGGGCAAUUCUAUAACUCCUUCUUAGAAGCAGUUAAAGAAAAUGCCAAAUAUAAGAAAUAA